AUGUCAUCCUCCCUGGCGUCUUCUUUGAAGGACCCCAGCCUCUUUGUCGAGAAGUCCUACAUCAACGGACGAUGGGUCUCAUCAACAACAAACAAGACCUUUCAAGUCACCAAUCCGGCAACAGAAGAGCUUAUCGGGACAUGCCCUGAGUCCAACACGGAUGACCUGAAUAAGGCUAUCGAGUCCGCUGCCAAGGCCUUUCCAGCUUGGAGGGCAACGUCAGGCCGACAGCGCGGUCGCAUCAUCAAGCGUAUCUUUGAGCUCCUGGUUGAGAACAAGGAGGAUCUCGGGAAGAUCAACACCGCCGAAAACGGCAAGGCAAAAGGCGAUGCUGAGGGUGAGUCUCUAUUCGCAGCCAGCUUCUUCGAGUGGUUCAGCGAAGAAGCUUCCCGGAUCUACGGCGAUAUCAUUCCACACAGCAACCCGAAUUACAGGACCCAUGUUAUCAAGGAGCCCGUCGGUGUAUGCGGUUUGAUUGUCCCCUGGAACUUCCCUCUCGCCAUGGGUGCCCGAAAGGUCGCCGCCGCUCUUGCAGCCGGAUGCACGGUUGUCAUGAAGUCAGAUGGUCUCACGCCGUUUUCUUCCAACGCCCUCGCCGUCUUGGCCGAGCGCGCUGGUGUUCCUCCUGGUGUUCUCAACGUUGUGACAGCGUUGGAGAACACACCCCAGCUAGGUCUCUCUCUGUGCCAGUCAGACACCGUGAAGAAGAUUUCUUUUACCGGGUCGACUCGCGUUGGCAAGUUGUUGAUGAAGCAAUCAAGCGACACUCUGAAGAAGCUGAGCUUAGAGCUGGGUGGUAAUGCACCUUUCAUCGUCUUCGACGACGCAGACCUCGAGGUUGCUAUCUCCAGCGUUCUCGUCUCUAAGUUCAAGGUCACUGGUCAGACCUGCGUUUGCGCCAACCGAAUAUUCGUCCAGGAAGGCAUCUAUGACAGGUUUGCUCAAAGACUAAUUGAAGAAGUCGGCAAGUUCAAGGUCGGGUACGGCACGGAUGCGUCGGUCACUCAUGGACCUCUCACGAACGGCGUGUCGAAGGUUGAGGAGCACAUCAAGGAUGCCGUCAGCAAAAAUGCAAGAGUACUCAUUGGAGGAAAGCGACUUCCUUCUGUGGGUAAGAACUUCCAUGAGUUAACGAUCCUGGGAGACGUCGAUGACUCCAUGAAGGUCACGCAAGAGGAGACAUUCGGUCCCGUGGCGGCGUUGACCAAGUUCAAGACGGAGAGAGAGGUUAUCGAGAGGGCCAACAAAUCCGAGGUAGGAUUGGCAUCAUACCUCAUCACUAAUGACCUGGGACGAUCGCAUCGCGUGUCGGAACAGCUAGAAUUCGGCAUGGUUGCUAUCAAUACCGGAGUCAUCUCCGAUGCUUCCGCUCCGUAA